GAGUAUGAAGAAUGAAGUGAUUGUGCGUAAUCAAGACUGUACUACCCUACCACCUGACAUAGUGAGUACUGAAUGAUCAUCAAAUAGUUUUAAUUGAUGCCUUGUACAUGGAUCCAUUCAUGUUACCGGGUUUCGCUGCCUGUUUCCAUGUGAAUUUAUAUUUUUAUGCAAGUUUCUCCUUAGGUAUUUUUGGGAACAACAACUGCUGCACGAAGCUGUCUUCAAAAGUACAUAAUUUUUACGUAUUCAAUGGUUUUGGUGACGGUGAUCACUACGACCUGUGUUGCAACUAUUGAAGCACUUCGACAUCUGUACGACGCUUUUUACAUACCACUGGUUUUUUCUGUACUCGGUGCAACCUUCUUGUUAGUGCUUUCCAUUAAUGAGAAAGUUAGAGAGACUUUCCCACUUAAUGACGUUCUGAUCUCACUUUCGGUCUUAUCAUGGUCUAUUGCAUUACCUGUUGUCACCAAAUCCGUGGGAUUUUCUAUUUUUUCACCAUGGGGAAUAACAAUCACCCUAGCUGUGAUGGCUCUGAUAAUCGGAUACAAAACUGUGAAACGGAGCGCGAAAGUGAGCUUCAUAUUAUUGGGCGUCGCUGGUGGAAUCACAGUGUUGGGUAUCAUUCUGUUAAUUGCUUUAAGACUUACUAAGCGAGAACUAAUUGCAGUUAUUCUGUUUGGCAUAUUUUUGGCUUUCGCUGUACUCAUAGUGUUAUAUCUCACUGGACAAGGUAUAAAGCGUUGCAACAAAGAAACUACGAGGACUCUCCUACCAAGUGGGUUAGCUCUGAUUACUUGGGCAGAAAUUGUUUAUUUAUUCGUAUCCAUAGCUGUGAUGUUUAUAUAAGGCAAAAUAACGGAACUUUAUUUAAUUGAAGAAUGAUUUCCUCCUUCUUUGGAACAGCAAGUUGAUUUAUGCAUGAAAAACAUUCAACUCUUUUUCCCUCUUGUUGGCUCUGU